AUGUCGACCUUUGUUCUCACACGACACGCAUUCACUUCAGCGAUACGCCAAUCACACCUGCCUCCAGCAGCAUCGAUAUCUUUACGCACAACAUGGCAGCGCAGGACAUUCUCGCGCACGUCGUGGCUGGCCAUCGCCGUGGCGGAGAUGGCUGAGAAAGACUUCUCUUCGCUGCGGGUCAACCAGGAAAGAUUGAUGAACGACAUCCACUCGACAUCAGAAUGGGGCAAAGGAGAGCGAUGGGGAAGUGGCGAUACAGAGAUCGGCAUGUCUCGUCUGUCUCUGUCAGACACUGACAAGCAAGCCCGUGACUGGUUUGCGGAGACCACACAAGCUCUGGGAUGCAAAGUGCAUACGGACGCCAUGGGCAAUCAAUUCGCUGUCCGUCCAGGGCUCAAAGAAGGACCUCCCACAUACGCUGGCUCACAUUUGGACACUCAGCCUUCGGGUGGCCGCUACGAUGGCAUUCUCGGAGUAUGUGCUGGAGUCGAACUUCUCAAAGUCUUGAACGACAACUGGGUCGAGACGAACUAUCCCGUGGGUAUUGUGAACUGGACCAAUGAAGAGGGCGCGCGUUUUCCCAUGUCGAUGAUGUCCUCUGGCGUGUGGGCCGAGUCAAUACCACUUGAAAAGGCACAUAACCUCAAAUCCGUGAUCCCGGCCAACGAUACUGCGACCGUAAAAUCCGAGCUCGAACGCAUUGGCUACCUGGGCUCUACACCCGCCAGCUACAAGUCUACUCCAAUGGCUGCUCACUUUGAACUCCACAUCGAACAAGGUCCAAUACUCGAAGCCGAAGAUCGCCGUAUUGGAGUGGUCAAAGGCGUGCAGGCCUACAAAUGGUUCACCCUCACCGUUCAUGGCCGCGACGCGCACACCGGUGCCACAAGCUUCCAACAUCGCGCCGACUCCCUCCUUACCGCCUCUAAACUUAUCCUCGCCUCUCACCGUAUUGCCCACCGCUACAAAGCUCUCGCAUCCACAGGAAUCUUGACCCUCAAACCCGGGUCCACCAAUACUGUCCCAGGCUUCGUCCAGUUCAGCCUGGACAUCCGCGCCCCGCGCAACGAGACCGUCGAGCAAGUCGAGCAAGAAUGCCGCGUGGCGUUCGACCAAAUCGCAGCAGGCGCAGAUGCCGAAGGCGUAAACACCGGCUGCGCCAUCUCCGAACGCGAAUGCACCGUCGAAUGGCAAACCGACUUCGAGAACCCAGCGACCUACUUCCACGACGACUGCAUCGCCUGCGUCCGCAAAGCCGGCGCAGACCUCUGCGGCGACGACAAAGUCAAAGGGCUGAAUCUCGGGAAAUGGGGCAAGUUCAUGACGAGUGGUGCGGGCCACGACUCUGUGUACACGAACAAGCACUGUCCGACAUGUAUGAUUUUUGUGCCGUGUCGGGAUGGUGUGAGCCAUAAUCCGGCGGAGUACUCGAGUCCCGAACAGUGUGCGGAUGGCGCGAAUGUGUUACUGGGAGCGGUGGUGAGGUAUGAUAAGCUGAGGGGAGAGAAGGCGAGGUGA